UACAGAUGAACGGAGCGGAUACCGUCAAUUAUCGAAUCAUGGGUACAUUCAUCAUGUUGUUAAUCAUACGGACGGUUUCCGGAAUCCUUUAGAUGGAACCCACACCAGUUCCAUUGAAAGUUUUAGGAGUUGUCUAAAAAGACGUAUAAGAGCGGUUAAUGGAUCGAGAAAUCCCAUGAUUUACAGUUACCUGGAUGAAUUUAUGUACCGAAACUGGUUUCAUACGACUAUGAAGACUCCCAUGAGAAACUGUGAGGUUUUUUUGAGACAUAUACGCGAGCGCCAUCCUUUGUAACUGUUUAUUAUGAUUGCAUUACUUAUAUAUAAACCGUUUUUUACAAUUAUGCGCCUGUCUUUUUCAGCCUUCUCAUUGGUCGAAGUUGUCCCUGUCAAGGUCAUUUUUGCGUUAAAAGGUCGUUUCGGUUUGGGCCGCUAUUCUUUAGGGUCACCGAUAAACGGGAAAAAUGAUGUGUAAGCGAACGGCUACGGAAAUGCAUUCCAACAUGUCCGACUAAUAUGGACGAAAAUGACCUUUGAGCGUCUCACUUUGUCAAUGACCUUGAGCAUGCUGGAUAAUUUCAGUCAUACAAGUGGAGAACGUGAUUUUGAGAAGCGCAAACUUUAAGGUGCUCGUUACAAAAAUUGCAAGUUUCCUUAUGACGCAUGAUGUGAAGGCUGUUAAUUUUCUAUUGCGACUUUUGACCUAUAGUCAUUUUGUGGAAUUAAAUUCGAUUUUGAUGGUUUUAGAUCCGUAUAUAUUAAUAAUUCUGUACGAGUCGGUAGAUUAGAAAUGCUGUUGGUAAAAUUUCAUAUCCAUGCAAAGGCGUCCACUUACUCGCAUAGAACUAGGAUUACAGGACCUAAUGGAGUUUAAAAACUUCAUUGAUACUCAAUACAGUGGUGACUGUGUUAAAGCUAGUAAAAGUAUCAAGGAUUCAUUUGAGAGGAUUCAAAUUCGAGAGGCUGAAAAACGCAGGAAAAAUACGCGUCUUCGCAUUGGUUUACCUCCAGACUACUAAUUAGUUUUGGUGUUCAUAACAGAAGUGUUAUCACUUACUUUAGCUAAAUAUAAGUAUUUUUCUAUCUUGUUUACUUUUGAUUCUUACUGUAGCCCGAAUCUUAUAAUUACGCGUAGUGGUGAUAAACUCCAUAUGAAGGACAAUCAUAUCUGAAUAUUCGGUGUAUAUUAUAUAUAUAUAUAUAUUGUAUAUUACUUACUAAUACUCAGUAAAUAUACUUUGCUGUUGUUGAUGAUGAAACGUUAGUAAUAAGAAACACCAGUGUCAGUGUCUGUUUG